GACCAACAAUUUCCGAGCGGUUGGGGAGAUUAUGGCGUUGAGCCUGGCCCAGGGAGGACCACCCCCAGCUUUCCUCAAAAACUGGUGCUACAACAUCAUAUGCCAUGGGGAAAUUGAACACAGCCAGCUGACAGCAGAGGAUGUGGCCGACUGUGAGUCAGCAGAGCUUAUUGCAGCUGUUGAAAACUGCACAGACACGGGGGCCCUGCUAGAGCUGUCAGAUGGAAUUAUCAGCUGUGGCUACUCACGAGUAAUUGCAUUGAAGAACAAGGCAAGCAUCAUCCGGGCAAUUGUGCUACACUCUACAAUGAGGAUAAUGCCUAUGCUACUGCAGCUGCGGAAAGGCCUACAACUAUAUGGUCUGCAGAGCGAAAUGGCCACCCACCCAGAGGCAUGCCAUGGACUUUUCGUCCCUGGAAGAGUGGAAGAGCCAGAUGCAGACUUCUUAUUAAUGAGCUGCAAAGCUCACUACAGCGACCGGGGCACCCAGAAGGAGAGGGAGGAGAGGAAAAUAAUGAAAUUCUUCCAGGACUUCCUGGAGCAGAUCGAAACGAAAGAGGUCUGGGAGGAGUCGGUGGACGAGUCCGAAACCAAAGAACUGAAGCUAACGGUAGGGGACGUUUUAAAAUGGAUGACUGGGAUAGCACAUGUUCCAAUACUCCCUGCAGAGAAGAGGGACUUUAUCAUUACUAUUCAGUUUGAUCAUAACUGUGCUGAGCACCUUGGGGAACACAAAGUGUGCUACCCCACAGUCAGUGCAUGCACACAAACUGUCACACUGCCGGUGCAGCACCUCAGCACCUUUGAACAAUUCACCACUGUGUUUGGUAGAGCCGUCUGUGGAAGUGCCGGCUUUCACCGAGUGUAA